AUGCAUGUUCGUAUUGCUGCUGGCAAGCUCUACCGCCAAUCUCAGCCCCGCGCCCGGGUCCAUCCUCCAGUUUCCCGUGGAUCAGACGCUCUGUCCGCGGCUAAAAUCCUGACCAACGUGGGAGGGUACGAGCCCGAUGCCGUCUCGGCCUGCCUCCACAACAAUACCAACCUCACAGGCCUCUUGUACGCCCUCGUGCUGGUCUCGCUCGCGCCACUUCUUGACGCUGGCAAAGUCAGCAACGACGGACAGCCACUCGAAUCAUUCACCUCGGCGGACCUGCGGCUCCUUGUGCCCCGGCGCGCCGACGAAUACCUUUGGUUCAACCCGCUAGGGACCAUGGGUAAUUGCUUUACGCUCGUGGGGCACGCUUUCGAGAUGCGGGAGGCGAGGACCAGCAGCAGCGGCCCAGGGAAGUGGCGUGGAGGCAGCAAGUCUUCUGGCUCGUCCUCGGCCGAGCCCGGUCCACGACCAGUUCGGACCGGCACUGGCCGCGGCCAGAACAACAAGAAUCGCGGCCCCGGGUCUUCGUUGGCGUGGCCGUCCAACCUCGAGCUCCCGAGCACCUCGUCGUCGUCGGACCUUCCGUUCGACUUUCCUUACGCCGAGACCCCGUCGCCCGCUCCCAGACCCAGGCCCGAGUACACGGAGGAGGAGAUUGCUCGGUUCAGGAAGAACCGGCCUCCCCACCACGUUCAUCUCCCCCCGAGCAUCAUGACCAUGCCCUCCAAUCCGUCGUCGACUGGGACGGUCAUCCGGAGGCAGGAGUGGGACGGGCCCUCGAGGGUUCAUUCGUGCCGCACCUUGAGGGCCGAGGACAGGCCGAGGGACCCAAGGCAGAAUAGGAGUGACCCCUAUCACUAA